AUGGAUCACGGGGUAGAAGACGACGAAAUGGCUGCAGCUAUCGCGGCCAGUCUUGCUACCUACGAACAAGAAGGAGCGCGUCACAAGCCAGUCGAGAUCGGCGACUCGGAUUCAGAAGAUGAUGAAGGCGAAGAGACCUUUCAAGCAGACUUGAAACGCGCAUUGGAAGAGUCUAAACGCGAAACAGAACUAGUGGCAAAUGCAACCGCAGGAUCCAGCAAAACUACAGAAGAAGCCUCCACAACCAGCAAACAAGACGAAAACCCUGCAAUUUCGUUUCUUCGACAACGAGCGCAACUCGAAAAGGAACGGUUGGAGAGAAGUAAAGGCAUUGUCAACGUCAAUGUCAACCAAACGUCCACUGCAUCCAAAAAGAGGAGCUACAGUGCUUCUCAAAGCGAAGAUGAUGACUCGUCGAACGGCCCACCACCAAAGCGAGCCUCCACGACUUCCAACGCGGCGAAACCCAAUGAGACGGCAGAAUUAUUCUACCAGGGUGAACUAAGGCAGACGGCAAACAGAAUAACAGAACGAGACGACAUUGCCAAAGGCGUAAAGACAUUUCGAAUCAGCGAGAUUAUUGGAGACAAAAACAGCGUCGCUUUUGCCAUUCUCAGUUCGUAUUCGACAGACAUUGCAUGGCUAUACGGCAUGUUCUCGCCAAUGACUCCUGUGAUCCUCGUCAAUCAGCCGACCGAGACUGGCAACUCGGAUGUUAAGGGCAUUCUUCCAAACUGGAUUAUGACUAUGCCGUUUCUUCGAGGUGGUCGAGGGGCUAUGCACGUUAAGCUUAUGUUACUAUUUUAUCGUUCGGGUCGUCUACGACUGGUCCUUCCUACUGCAAACUUUAUCGAUUAUGACUGGCGGGAUAUCGAAAACACUGCCUGGGUUCAAGACUUUCCUCCUUUGUCAAAGCCUGCUGUAGGACGUGAGGCCACUUCAUCAGCGUUUGCCUCGACGCUUCAAAUGGUCCUUACAAAACUCAAUGUCUCGCCUGCUCUUGCUUCUUUACUCACGGAUCAUCCAAAUCUUCCAAUCAAGUUUAUAGGGGACCUCGGAAAAGGUUGGAACUUUACGAAGGCCGCAGUUAAGCUUAUACCUUCAAUGUCCGGAAAAUAUGAAGGAUGGGAUCAAGUACUGAAACAGGGCCAUGUUUCCCUAAUGAAGGGUAUCAUGGACAUUGGCGCACAUCGUGGCCACACCAAACGGGAUAAAAAGAAGCCGCCGGAAGAGCUCAUUGUAGAAUGUCAAGGGUCCUCUAUCGGAACUUACUCUGCACAAUGGCUCCAAGAGUUUUAUUCGUCAUGCUGUGGCAUAUCCCCUGAAACCUGGCUCGACAAGUCGAAAGCCUCUCGCAGUAAACUUCCAAAGCCACCCCUUCGAAUCUUAUUUCCAAGCCUUAAAACUGUGCAAUCAAGUGUACUUGGAGAAGACGGCGGAGGGACAAUGUUUUGCAGAACGUCACAGUGGGAGGGAGCAAAUUUCCCAAGGGAUCUCUUCUAUGACUCAAAUUCGAAGCGUGGAAAGGUUCUGAUGCAUACAAAGAUGAUCUUGGGUCUGUGGAGAGAUAGCUCAUCUGACGAACGCUCUUCCACGACACUUCGCAAGUAUGCGAAGCAGAAAGAGGUUUUGGAGAUUGAUUCGGACGACGAAGUGGAGAUUAUUGAUCCCUUCGCGGCGGGAUGGCUCUACGUCGGGUCGCACAACUUUACGCCAUCUGCGUGGGGUACUCUGUCUGGAUCAGCAUUUACUCCUGUCCUAAAUAUUACAAACUACGAACUCGGAAUUCUGAUCCCACUCCCAGAAGACAUCGAAGAAGCCGAAAAACGUGGCAACGACCUCGUAAGUUGGCAGCGACCGCCACGAAAGUAUGACAUUCAAGGCGGCGACAUACCAUGGUGCCAGAAUUGA